GUUGACAGCGUCAAGAAGAAACAAGCUUGGAUUAGUUUUGUAAUUUAUUUAAUAAUUUAAAACAAAAAAUCCUUCAUGUAUUUAUUUCUUUGUCAGAUUAUUAAAAUCGUGUAUCUCAGUUGUUGUUAAUAUAUCCAUUCUGCUUUUUUUGUGGUCGUAUAAACAGGAUUCCCAAAAGAGGACUUACUUAGACAUCUAUAAGAUGGAUUUAGCGGAGACCAUGAAAAGUGUUUUGGCUAAAAGUACGGGAAAUGCAAGUGGUGCUUCAAGUAGUACUAGUGCGGCCGCCCCGCAUGGCGCUGAAGGCUAUGUGACAGAAAAACUUUACAUGUUAUUGCAGUUGUACUUGCAAAACAAAGGAUGGAGUCCUAGUAUAGAAUUAUUACAGUGCUUUAGUGAUCUCAAGGAGUCUUCAAUGUUGCCAAGUGCAGCAUACUUACAAAUGAUGGCUUCAAGGGUGGGUCUUGACGCUCAAGGUAGACUUAUAUACAGAGAGAAUGGUAAAAUUAUAUUGCCAUAUGAACAUUUUGCUAAUGCAGUUAUGCUUAAACAUAUGAAUGGACCCCACGGUUUGCAUCUCGGCUUGGAAGCGACAGUGAGAGCUGUUGUGGAAUCAUAUACCAUCGGCCGCGAUCAAUUUGGAAUGGAAAAGGAAUUUAUUGUUGAGGUUGUCCAAAACUGUCCGAACCCUGCCUGUCGUUAUUAUAAGAGCCAGUUGGAAAUGACACAGAAAUCUAUACAGCAACAUUUGUCACAACAACCCACAUAUAUACCAGAAGCGGGCGGUGCUGCUCUUCCGGACAACGCGGCGGUGGAACGUCUGCUUCGAGGCGCCGCCCUGCCUCCUGACUAUCAGCUGCCACUGGCACCACACCUCGCCGCUCUCACAAACCUCGCCGGUGAUAAGUCAGAGCGUCGUGGUGAUAAGAUGUCAACGCAGCAGAUGCUGUUACAUCAGAACCGUUCCCUCGGCCACGGGGACAAGUACUCACACUCGAGGACUCACUCCGGAGACAACAAGAACAAACAUCACUAUGAUGAACAUAAACUUACUGACUUUUUGAGAGCCAAUCUAGAGAGUUUGGAGUCUCUAUCGAGCGGUAGUCACGAGCGCGGUUCGGGUGCGUCGGGUGGUGGCGCCAGUGUGAGCGGUAGCGGUAGUGGGAGCGGAAGCGGAGGUGGAGGCGGACAAGAGCGUGUGGUGCGAGCGUUCGCGGAAUUGGCGCGGAAUUUACAGCGGAUGAGACCAUGUGUACGACCAGCCAUGUGCAAACCGUAUGGGAAGCAAAGUGAACAGUUACAGAAAAUUCUACUGGACACGAUUCAGCUGGUGCAAUCUCUCCGGAGCUACCUGCCUCCCCCACACAUACAAGUCACCUCGUGGAAGAAUGAUGACAAAUUACGUUCCAACAACAUGGAUGACCUCGAGAGUCGUAAGAUAGUGAGCGGCAACUGAGAGGGCAGCACUGUGACAAACAAACAAACACACGCUCUUCCGUACUAUUGUACUUUAUAUUCGUUUAAGUAUGUGUUUAAAAUUUUUAUAUAUACAAAUAAAAUUAUUUACUUCAUAUUUUUGAUGAAAUUAAAAGAAAUUUAUUAAAAUUUCUAUAUAAUUUGAUAAUGUAUUCGGACUAAUUUUUUUUGUGCUAUAAAUUUUGUUGAUUCAAAGUCGUUCCGCCUGAUAAUGACCUAUUUAGAUUUGUUUUGUGAUUUAUGUCAUUGUCAUUACCGCGCAGGCAGCGUGUUGUACGAGCACAAACGUUGUUUCUAUGUACUAAGCAGUUCAUUGUUUGUAAGUGUUGCUUUAUACUUGUUGCUAGUUAGACUUACUUUAUCCCAAACUUUUUUUAUGUAUUGUUACAUAAUACGUAUGUUUAUUUUUUAUUUUUUAUUAUUAUUUCGUAUGAAGCCGUCGGUUCAGUGUUGUAAGUGCAUUAUUUACACUGUGAUAGGAGUGUAAAAAUUCAGAGUGAGCGGAGUCUUGACAUGAAUCUGAUAAAGUAUUAUGUAAGUUAAGGAAUUUUAGGCUUUUCUAAAAUAAAUUAUUUUGAAAGCGUUUCGUUCGAUAUACCAGUAGUAGUUUAGGCGUAUGUGUAUUGGAAAAAAUAUUUAUAAAAAAAUAAUAAUUAUCGCCAUUCUUGUCUUGUAAAGUGAUAGAGGUAUUGUAUCGUACUGAAGACUGCAAGUUUUUCACAUCGUGUAAGCUAUAGCCGAGUGCGCGUUUGAUGUAAGGUUAUGAUUAUAUUAAGGAAGUGAACUGUUGUGAGGAAUUUGUUCCGGACAUAUAUACAUACUCCCAACUUGCCCUUGUCUCUCCCUUAUGUAUUAUGUAAUUUUUUUCUCGCAUUACUUGAGCUUCUCUUCCAAAUAGCAUGUUUUUUUUAAUAUAAUAACGUAAGAUUUAAGUGAUUUAUAGAUUUUAUUAUUUCUAUACUAUAUUAUCACACAGCUUCUACUCGUCAUAUAUUCGGCUUCGUAAGUUCGUUAGUGCAAUAAAAAGGCAUAGCCUUCAUUAUAUUUUAUAUCUUAGUACUAUUAAAUAUAUACAUAUAAUAUAAGUUUAAAAUUAAGAGUGAACAACUCCGAGUCUCUUUUUGUCUUAGUGUCAAUAUUAUAAAAUACAAUAAUGUGUAUGCAGCUUUAUUUUUAGGUCUUCAUAUGUUGAGUUCGGACAUUAAUAUGUGUUGAAUGUUCGUGUGACGUGGAGAAAACGAGGCUAUAUCAUGUUAAGGAACUCACACGGCUAGUAUUAAGAUACUUUCCACUUGUCUUCGAAGUAUUAAACGACCGGAUGAAUCUCUCUCUGUAUUAGAGUUAAGCUUUCUAGUCAAAAGUUAGUAUCCAAAAUUUGAUUUUAUUGGCAAAAUUUGUAUUUUUUUUUGCUGAAGCGAAUUCGUCCGCGUGGACUUUGACUUUCUCGUUUCGAAUAUCGACUUAUUAUUUCUCAUACAAAAAUCCUUGACACGUAAAUCUCAAAUAGUAUUUAUCAUAAGUUUCAUGUUUCAUGGAAUCGUUAUUUCUAUAUAAUUUUUAUAAUAACGUCUUUAUUGUAUUGACCAGGACCUCUGUAUUGUUUUCUUUAUGUCUUAUCUAUUUCAAUGAUAAUUGUAUUGUACAUAGCACCGCAGGAGGGAGCCACUGUCUUUAUUGAUCUCACUUCCACAUCACAUUCAAUAGUUUAAUUUAUCCUUUCGAAUUUUAUUUUUGUAUCCGGAUGUAAUGCACGCAUUUAAUGAUUUACAUUAAAACAAUAGGUAUCCUUAGCAUGAGUUUGCACACUUAGACUGGACACGAACAGUUUUUCAGUCUCAUUCAUAUUUAACAUUUACAGGACAUUAAACUGCAAACUAUCCGUUUUAAUUUUGACGAUGGCAACACGUUAUAAGCGCAUUGUAUACCUUAGAUAUUAAUAAAACCUUCAUAAUGUAAAUCUGAUUAUAUUGUUUUGUAUUAUUUAAUUAUUAUUUUAUUUUUUUUGUUACGGCUUGUUUUUCAUGUUCGGUGAUUAUGUAUUUAACAGUUGUUCUCGCUCGAAACUUUGCCGCGUCGUUUCUUUUAUGAACUUUAAACUGUAAAAAUAAAAUAUUGUGGAUUGAGAGAAUGCGUUAGAUUUAAAUAAAGCGAUGCAACAAA